AUGCCGCCAUGCUCUUCUUCGCCUAGUAGGCUAACUCGCAACUACCUCUCACGGGGCAUCGACUUCGGGACUUCGCCCAGUCGCUACUGGAUCCUGAGGCAGACUCUCGUCAUCCCGGCGAUAAUAGCCCUCAUAGUGUUCCUCCUCGCAACAUACAUUAUCUAUCCUCUAUGGCAGCGUACUCGCAAUAGCCGAUACGGUGCGUACCUUCCGCUCGAGACCAUCUCCAACGGGACCCAGACCGUCCGGGCCAGGGUACAAAAUCAGAUUGCACGAUGGCUUGUACCCUCGACCUGGCGAGAGAGGCUGCAAGACCGACUGGUAGUCGCUGGGGGUCCUGGGUCUGACAACGGAUACGACUCCGACGAGGGCGAGGAGCUGGACGAGGUGCCGGAGGAUGAGGACGUGAGGAAUCGUCUAGAGAGGGAGGCCAGGAGGAGCAGGAGCAGUGGCAGGCCGGACCUGGAGCGCAGGUUAAGCCGGGACUUGGAAGAGGGUUUUCGGGAUGACAGCGACGAGGAGCCCGAUCAAGCGACAAGGGCACGAUAG